AUGGCCCCCAAGAAAAAGUCCGAGAACCGGGGAGGCGCUCCCAAACCGGGGACGAAGCAGGCCAAAGCCGCGGCCGAGCGAUCGGCUGAGACGGCGAAGAAAGCGCAGACCACGACCGACGAGCAGAAGAAACCUUCGGUCAAGGAGGUCAUUGGAGGAGCUUCAUGGACCGGGAAACUGCCUGUAAAUAUGCUCGCGGAGCAUUGUCAAAAGCAGAAGUGGGAGAAGCCGGAAUACACGAUGAUUAAAGUCUCAGAGGGGUUCGUCUCCAGCGUGAUAUUGAAGCGCGUUGACCCGAAGACUCGCGAAACGAUCGUACUUCCUCCGAUGAAGCUGCCCCCGUCGCAUAAGCACCUCGCCGCCCAGCCUACCGCACUCGAGGCUCGACAUUUCGCCGCGGCGUAUACGUUGUACCGAGUCUGCAAUAUGAAGAAUCUCCACAUGAUGAUGCCGCCCACAUAUAAGAAGCUCUGGCGCGAGGACUUCACGGAUCUCAAGGCGACGGACUCCAGGGAAGGGAAAGGCUGGAUGUACGAAGCUGACCCGUUUCUGGCGAAGCUGGAGCGCGAAAGCGCCGCGGCGGACUUGGAGAAGAAGCGCAAGGAACGGGAGAAGCUCCAGGCAGCCAAGGCAGCGGAGACGACGGUCGAUCUGGGACUGGGUUCCAGCAGUGGUGGGCAGAACAAGGGACGGAACAUCUGGUCGCGUGCGCCCAAGGUUGAUCUUGGCGGCAAGAUCCGCCGUGAGAUUGAGGGUAUGCUGCGAGAGCAUGCGAUCUGGAACCCCUACGGGGUGGAGAUUCCGCAAAAGGAACGUGAUGCCAUUGUCGACGAGCUCACUCGUCUCGGCUUUCGACGCAGCCACGUCGAGGAGGCUGUCGGCACUUGUAAAGACCGUGAAGAGGUUCUUGAAUGGCUUCUCAUCUACGUGCCGGAAGACGAUCUGCCUCGCUGGUGUUUGCCUGAGGGCUAUUCGGCGGGCGUGAGCCUUGCAAGUGAUGACCUUGCCAGAGAGGCGAAGAUCAAACGUCUCACUGCUAUGGGCUAUCCCGCCGAUCUCUGCACGCGGACUCUGGACAGCAAGAAAGGAGAUGAGCUUGCUUCAGCGGAGAUUCUCCAGAAUACAUUGGUCCACGGCGGAUAUGCUCCAGCUGAGCCUGCUUCUUCCGGUGAGGAUGAUUUAUGGGCAGAGGAGCAAGAAACACUCGAGGCAAUUUUCGGGGAUAGGUAUAUACGGGCUUCUGACAAGGUCUGUGAGAUCAAGGGUGAAAACCCCGACUUGCCAGAGCCGUUGACUUUCCGGUUCCAACGACCUUCGACGCAUUAUCCAUCUUCUCCGCCGAUCAUCUCUAUCCAGGCGAAAGGUAUUCCUGCCUAUAUACGUCUUAGUGCGAUACGUCAGGUGGUUCAGUACUCCGAAGAGAAUUUCGUAGGAGAGCCUAUGAUCUAUAACAUGCUGGAUUGGCUGGAGACCAAUCUCCCCUCAGUUAUGGAGAAUCCGGGGAAGCUGCGCGACAUCUCGACGGUGACAGCUCCCCUGGCCCCCGCCGGGACCACCUCGAACCUUCCCGUGCGCUCAUCGCGCAAGAGAGGAUAUGAGGUCAAGUGGCAACCAGGGACACCGCAAAGCGUUUCGCUACGUGAGUCUUGGGAAGCGAGGCAGUCAACCAAAGACCAGCAGGCCAUGCUUCGAAAGCGCCAGUCGCUCCCGGCCUGGAACACCCAGGAAGCCAUCAUCAAUGCUGUGAACACACAUCAAGUUACGAUCAUCUCCGGAGAGACCGGUAGUGGAAAGAGUACCCAAUCCGUUCAAUUCAUGCUCGACGACCUAAUCAAGAGGGACCUCGGCGCUGCCGCGAACAUCAUCUGUACCCAGCCGCGUAGGAUCUCUGCUUUGGGCCUAGCGGAUCGAGUCAGCGACGAGCGAUGCACACCCGUCGGCGACGAGGUAGGAUACAUCAUUCGAGGAGAGUCGAAGGUCAAGUCAGGGCGGACAAAGAUCACUUUCGUCACGACGGGUGUCUUACUCCGUCGCAUGCAGUCGGGCAGUGGCCCGGAGGGCAAUGUUGCAAGCUCUCUCUCAGAUGUCACUCACGUCGUCGUGGAUGAAGUGCACGAGCGCAGUCUCGAUACCGACUUCCUCCUAGCUCUUCUCAGAGACGUUCUGCGCCACCGCAAGGAUAUCAAAGUCAUUCUGAUGAGUGCAACCCUCGACGCAGAAAUCUUCAUCAAUUAUUUCGGCGGCCGAGAGUCGGUUGGUCUGGUCAACAUCCCGGGACGGACUUUCCCUGUCGACGAUUACUACUUAGACGAUGUCAUCCGUGACACUGGGUUCUAUCCCGAGCUCACAGAGCGGGACUUCGACGAGGAGGCUCCAUCCUCGCAGCAGUCCGACGAGCCCCUUGGCAAGGUCCUACGAAGCCUCGGAAUGGGCAUCAACUACGAGCUGAUUGCCUCUACCGUCCGAUAUAUCGAUGCCCAGCUGGGCGAUCAGCCCGGGGGCAUCCUGAUCUUCUUGCCCGGUACCAUGGAGAUCGAAAGAUGCCUCAAGGCUGUGAGAAGAAUCCCGAAUACUCAUCCUCUACCUCUCCAUGCAUCUCUUCUACCAGCUGAGCAGCGCCGUGUCUUUCAAAGUGCCCCCAAAGGCAUGCGCAAAGUCAUCGCUGCCACCAACGUCGCCGAGACAUCCAUCACCAUCGAAGACAUUGUGGCCGUCAUUGACACCGGCCGCGUGAAAGAGACGAGCUAUGACCCGCGAGACAACAUUGUCAGGCUGCAAGAGGUGUGGGCUUCGCAAGCAGCCUGCAAGCAACGCCGCGGACGUGCCGGUCGUGUCAGGGCAGGAACAUGCUACAAGCUCUACACACGCAAGGCCGAGACGAGCAUGCCUCACCGACCUGACCCGGAGAUCCGGCGCGUACCGCUGGAGCAACUCUGCCUGUCCGUGAAAGCCAUGCAAGGCAUCAGCGACGUCGCGCACUUCCUCGCCAACACCAUCACGCCACCCGAGAGCACCGCCGUCGAGGGCGCCCUGGACUUCUUGCACCGCGUCGGGGCGCUCGACCACGACCGGCUCACAGCGCUGGGCCGCUACCUCUCCAUGAUCCCGGCGGACCUCCGGUGCGCCAAACUGAUGGUCUACGGCUCGAUCUUCGGCUGCAUCGACGCCUGCGUGACCAUCUCCGCCAUCCUCACGGUCAAGAGCCCCUUCGUCUCCCCGCGCGACAGACGCGAGGAAGCCACCGCCGCCAAAGCCGCCUUCACCAAGGGUGCCAACGACGGCGACCUCCUGACCGACCUGCUCGCCUACCAACAAUGGUCCGACCGCGUCCAAGCCCACGGCUACUGGCAAACCCAGAGCUGGUGCAUGGCCAAUUUCCUCUCGCAUCAAACCCUGCGCGACAUCUCCUCCAACCGCGCCCAACUCCUCACCUCCCUCAAAGACGCCGGCCUCCUCCCCGUCGACUACUCCUCCUCUUCCCAACCCCAACCCCAAUCCUCCCCACGCAGCGCCAACAACAACAACAACAACAACAACAACAACAACAACAACUGGAACCGCAACACAGCCAACAAACCCCUCCUCCGCGCCCUCAUCGCAGGCGCCUUCCAACCGCAAAUCGCGCAGAUCUCCUUCCCCGACAAGAAAUUCGCCGCCUCCAUCACCGGCACCGUCGAGAUCGACCCGGACGCCCGCACGAUCAAGUACUUCAACCAGGAGAACGGCCGCGUCUUCAUCCACCCGAGCUCGCUGCUGUUCUCCGCCCAGAACUACCCCAGCGGCGCCGCGUACCUGAGCUACUUCACCAAGAUGGCGACGAGUAAGGUGUUUGUACGGGACUUGACUCCAUUUAACGCCUUCUCCCUCCUCCUCUUCUGCGGAUCCAUCGACCUCGAUACCACGGGGCGCGGGUUGAUCGUCGACGGGUGGUUGCGGCUGCGCGGCUGGGCGCGCAUCGGCGUCCUCGUGUCCCGGUUGCGCAUGAUGCUGGACGAGGUGAUUGCCGGUAGGAUCGAUCAGCCUGCUUCUGCCUCUGGGUUUGGGUCGGGGGGUGUUAGCGGCGCCCUGGCGGACCAGGUGAUUGAGGUCGUGAAGAGGUUGGUCGAGUUUAAUGGGUUGGAUCAAUGA